UUUGGCUGGUAUACAGUGGAUCCCUCAUUCACACGGAUAAGGAAUGUGGUCAUACUAUUCGGAAUAUUAAUCAUCCUAAUGUUUUCAUCCUUCAACCAAGGAGUCAAGAUCCAAACCGAACUAAUUCUACAACAUGACCCACUGGUCAUCUCAUCCAUUUCACCAUGACUCCAAGACCUCCAUUAAAUCCUACAAGACCAAAGACAAAUUCGACUUCUGUGACUAACACACACACCACCACAACAGCUGCUCUGGGGUUCCUGACCUCUUUACUGGACAGGAUUCCUUUGCCAAGAUGGGCCAUCUAUACCAUUUUUGCGGCCAUCAUCCUGGUCAUUCUAAUCUGUGUGCUGUGCUGCUGCGUAAAAUGUUGCUGCAAAGGAAAGAAAAAGAGGAAGAAGCUGGACCAGAAAAUCAGUAUGAAAGGGAUGACAGGAAUAACAACUACAGCACUGGUCCAGCCUGAAACAGAAGAUAUGGAGUACGGUUCAGCUGAAGAGCAGAGAGGAAGACUUCUGUAUUCACUGGAGUUUAACACAUCCAGAUCAGAGCUGACUGUAGGAAUAAAAGAAGCUUCUUCUUUGAAAGCAAUGGAUUCAGGAGGGACAUCUGACCCUUAUGUGAAAGUCUACUGCCUUCCCAACAAGUCCAAAACAUUUGAGACCAAAGUCUUCAGAAAAACUCUUAACCCUGUGUUCAAUGAAAAUUUCAAAUAUCAGAUCUCUCAAAAGGAGUUGAUUGAGUCAACACUGGUGAUGCAGGUGUAUGACUUUAACAGAUUCUCCAAACACGACAUCAUCGGUGAGAUCAGACUGAAUCUGUCCACUGUCGACUGGAAUCAUGUGAUUGAGGAGUGGAGAGAUCUGAAUGAAGCAUCUAAACAUGAGCAAGAGCAUCUAGGAGAGAUCUGCUUUUCUCUUCGCUAUGUCCCAACUAGCAGUAAACUCACUGUGGUCAUACUGGAAGCCAAGAAUUUGAAGAGGAUGGACCAGGGAGGCUCUUCAGACCCUUAUGUGAAACUUCAGUUGAUUCUAGAUAAGAAGAAAUGGAAGAAGAAAAAGACAUCAGUUAAGAAGCAAACACUAAAUCCAUACUUCAAUGAGUCAUUCACUUUUGAAGUGUCUUUUGAGCAGAUUCAGAAAGUCCAGCUGGUCAUCUCUGUGUGGGAUCAUGACAAAAUGAGUAGGAAUGAUGCCAUUGGUAAGAUCUAUCUAGGCUGUGAUUCUACGGGAAACCAGCUGCGUCACUGGGCGGAUAUGUUGUCUAACCCACGCAAACCUGUGGCCCAGUGGCACACGUUACACUCCUCUGAACAGGUGGACACAACGCUCGCCUUAAAACACACUCUGAAGAUCCCAUUCACAAAUAAAACUUUCUAAGAAACCUUUACUAACAUGAAAAUGUAAUCACACCAGGUAUAGCUGCCAUUCCUUUAUGUUGUUAAUACCAUGGUUAACUGAAUUUUAGCACAUUGCUUGGAGGUGCAAUGCUCAGACUAUACUGUACAAAAUUGCUAUCCAAACAUAAAUAUUCUCUCCUUCCUAUAUGCUGGUGACUCUGUAUUUAGGAGAAUUUAAAAAUACAGUUGUAUUGUUAAUGUACCUUUGAAGAUAUUGUUAAACACUUUAAAAAAAAAAAAGAAAAAAAAAGUUACCCAAUAAGAUGUAGAAUUCCAAAUGUGGAAGACUGCAAAAAACUUCUCAUGUUUUGAGGCUUGAAAUAAAAUGAUCAAAUGUUUAGUGUUGGGGUUUUAAAAAUGCAGAUGCAAGACAGUUGUAUCAGCUUUAGUCAUGUUCGCACACACACACACAUGCACACACAUUGAUUUCUCUUGCGACUAUAGUAAGUAUGAGAUAAGGGUGUAAAAUUAAGGGUGUCAGCACACAUGUGGGCCAAUUAUAGCGCAUUAAUGAGGUUUCUCAUCCUUGGUGCAAAUGUACAGAAUGUUUUAAAGGAUGCAGAAUUCAUUAGUUGCUUUUGCACAGUCAUGAUUUGAGUGCUCAGGUACAUUAUUUACCUGUAUUUUACAUAUGCAACAAGUACACUAGAAAAUGGUAGAAAAGUGGGGAAAACGUACCUUUUUCAAGAUGUUCAUUUUUUUAUCUGUAGCUCAAUCAAUAUAAAUUGUUUACAAUUUUCAGAACAUUUUAAACAAAUAAAA